GCAGAGAUCAGCGAGGAGCAGCGCCGGGCCCAGGAGGAGUGGGAGGCUCUGGAAGAGAUCCAGUCAGGGCUGGGGGGCACCUCUCCUGUGCCCCCUCCCCCAAUCUCCUUCGCGGAGGCGCUUCAGCACUUCCAGAGCUCGGGGCUGCCCCAGAGCCGGAGGAAGGCGCGGGGGCCGGGGCGCCGGGGGGGCCUGGCCGUCCUGCUGCGCUGCCUCGGGGGGCCCCCCCGGCUCCGGCCACAGCUGCGGGGGGAGCAGGAGCUGGUGCUGGCCAUGGCACAGUGCGCCCUGGAUGACUCGGAGCGGGUGCACAUGCGGAUCCUCCAGACCAUCUACCGGCAGCUGACGCGUUCCCGCCGGGGCUGCCCCCGCUAUGGGACACACUGGGAGGAGCUGGGAUUCCAGGGUGUGGAUCCUGGGACCGACCUGCGUGGGACGGGAAUGCUGGGGCUGAUGCAGAUCCUGUUCUUCGUCCUGGACUCCCGGACGCUGCCGCUGGCCAGGGAGAUCUUCCAGCUCUCCCAGCAUGAAACCCAGGCACGGCCU